AGGCACUGAAGGGCAGAAUCUGCCUACAUAUACACAACGAAUGCCGUGUGUGCCACCCCGAGAUAACCAGAUGCUGCUUUUCGAAUACGCCGUUGGGGACCCCAGUCACCUGAUUUCCGGGCCAUCCCAAUUCGGCCCCGGCGAUCUGGACCGGCUUGGCCGGCCGUAUCAGCCCAUUCUCUCCACAGCUCCAUUCUCGGGCGGACAAGCAGAUUUCAACGGUCACUAUGCCGGCGUCCCACUGGCCCUAGAGCAACCGCCGUCUCUGGCAACGAGGGCGGAGGCAUCAUACCCGGCACCAGCACGGUUUGCCAGCCUUGAUGCUGCCGUUGCGGGCAACUCCCAUCACAGUGAUGACGGCUCACCGGCUGAAUCUGCAUGUUCGAGUAAAGAUUCAUUUGGGUAUGCGCCGCGCCAGAAUACGCGGGACCUAUACGCUGGUGAAUACGUAUCAACGCCCAUGGGAUUACAUGGUGCUUUUCAACCGGACUUUGACGUCCGUCCCUGGCCAGGAGUUGAUGACGGCACCGUGAGCACGACCCGGCUGGGACCAGAAUCAACAACGUCAGAUUGCGUGGAAAGCCGACAAGUGCUGGCGGAGCCGCUGGAAGACUCUCUGUAUGACCACGAAGCAGCCGUGUACGGAACAUUCGAAGGCAGCGAUGGCUGGCAGGAGCAGCGACCCCGUCAAUCGGACCGGGGUAUUCAAGGCCCGCCGCGCAAACGCCCCAAAAAGUCAGCGGAGCAAGCCGUGUCAUCCUCGGCAUGCAAGGUGCCGCAGACGGCUCCCGAAAGUGCAAAUGCUCCCUCCACCGGCACCAAGCUGCGCAGCGCAUCACGCACCUCCAAAAACGUCCAGCACCGGCCCGAGGAGACGCCCCGAGAGCGCAAGUCGCGCAACUCACACAACCUGGUUGAGAAGAAAUACCGCAACCGGCUAAACUUGCAGUUCGAAAUACUCAUGAACGCGCUUCCCGAGUCGAUGCGCUCGCCAACUGGUCGGGGCAUGUCGGGUGGCGGCGGCCCGGACGGUGGCGGCCUCCAGCAGCAUGAAGAGAGUGAUCUGGGCGAGAGGCGGCUUAGCAAGGCACAGGUCCUGGACAUGUCGGCUACGUAUAUACGGACGCUAGAAAAGGAGAGGGAAAAGCUGGAGUGUGAGCGCGAGGACUUGCUGGAGAGCAUGCGGAAGCUGAGGCAGGCGUUUGUCAAGCAAGGGUUGGAUGGAGGUAAUAGGGAAGUCAGAACGGAGUGAUGGGGGAAAAGGGGGCUGACGGAUGACUGCAUUUUACAACGGAGCCCUGAGUUCUGGCUUCGACCAACCCCGUCUCAUUCUCUUGUUGUUGUUGUUAUUAGUCCUAUUUACUGUACCGGACUGUCCGGUGUCCGUCCCGUUGCUUCAAGCUGAAAGGGGGAUAAGGGGUGUCUAGUGGGGGAAGUGGAUGAUAUCAAGCCCAGCUCAGGUCUGGAAAACACUGAAGGAUGCAGGUACUAUCGAGGACUGGUUAACUUGGGCAUGGAAGAAUAAUGACUUAUGAUCGCUGGCCUACGAUAUACCUCAGAUUAUCUACACGAAUAGGUUGUAGGCGACGUCUCAUUCGUCCUGAUGUACAUUUUUUACCGCAGCGUGCUGUAAUGGACGUUUGACUCGAUUAAUGCUCAUUGAACGCCCUGACCAGCAUUGCAAACUGUAUAGCC